AACGGCGGAGAACUCGUUAUGCGAACGGCACUCUGUGACGUGUUUAUUGUGACAGCUGACGAGGGAGGAACUUUCUUCACGUUCGAGACUCUCCAAGACGUCUAAAGAAAAAGAGUUUCAGAAUCAUGUCGUCAGAAAGUGAAGAUGAAUUCCAGUCUGCAGAUGAAGGGUCGGAUUUUGAAGAUUCGUACCCUUUGAGUUCACAGGACACAGCUACAACAAAGAGUGAAGCCCAACUAGUGCCGUCAUGCCCAGCCACAACAGAACAAGUAAUAAAAGACAACAUGCAUAAGACAGAGUCCAUCAAAGAUACCAAAACUGAGCGCUCAGAACUUGUAGCUUCAAAAGCAACUCCUGCAGAGGAAUUAGAUGCAGAUGAUGAAUCAGAAGAAGAAAUGCAGGAGGAACCACAGAAAAAGACUUUUGAUGACAAAGUAACUAAUCUCAUGUCUGCUUUAGAUCAGUUGAGCCUGCGAGUUAAUAAACAGCUCACAAAGCCAGUUAGUAAAGCAGAACCAGCUGAUGAGAUGCUAGAGGAAGAUGAAGAUGAAGGUGGUCACAAAGGAUCAGUAGAGGAAGAUCAAGCAAAGGAGAGAGAGAUCAUGAAAAAGGAAGAGAGGAAGAAAGAGCUAGAAAAGGAAAAGGAAAAGAAAAGAGAAUUGGAAAUGGAAAGAGAGAGAAAAAGAGAGCUGGAAAAGGAAACAGGAAGAACUGAGGAAAAGAGAACUUGA